AUGUCUACGGAACAAUCAUUCAGUUCGACUAUUCCAUUGGGUGAUGGCCAAGAAGGAGAAGAAGAUUCGCCAUAUACUAUGAGUGGUUCAGAUUUUGGUGCAGUACCUGAAACUGUUUUCGAAGAAGAAGUUACAAUUGAAGUUGUGGGUGAUAAAAGGAAGACAAGAUCUGAAGUUUGGGGCCAUUUUGAGCAUAAAAUAAUUGAUGAUGUUGCUGUGAGCCAGCAUGAUUCCCCUGUUGAGAAAUCACAGGAAGAUAUUGAUCAUUCUUCUGACUCCUUGAAGGAGGGUGGAACCACUGCUAGUGAAGAUGACAUCCUUGAGAAGACUCCUGUUCAACAGAACUCCACACAGGAUUCUAGAAAGGGAAAAGAGAAAAUGAAUUCUGAAGAAAAUGAACCAAUUGCUGCUGUGAUGAAGAAGAAGAGUGUCUCUGGUACUAGUGCUAGCAAGAAGGCCUCUGAUCAGAAUGUGAGAUCUCCUGUCAAGAACCCUGUUAAGAUCUCUCAGAUUUCUCCUAUCACCUAUAGUAGUACUCAAGUUCAACUGGCAGAGAAGAAAAAGUCUGUGAAAAAGAGUGCCAAGAAGAAGAAGGAGGCGCAGGAUACUCAGAAGAAACAGGUCAAAGCAUCAACUGGCAAGAAGAGAAAACACAUUUCUUCAUCUGAUUCAGAACAAGAUGUUAUUCCAGAUGCUGCUAACAUGUCUUCCACAACAAAGAAGAGAAUCAGAGGUAAGAGAGUUCCUCUUAAUAUUCCCGAUGCUCCUAUGGACAAUGUGUCCUUCCACACUGCAGAAUCUACUCAGAGGUGGAAGUUUGUGUAUCAAAGAAGAAUUGCUAGGGAGAAGGAAUUGAGUGAGGAAGCACUCAAGGUUGAUGAGAUUGUGAGUCUUCUGACUCAGGCAGGAUUGAUCAACACUGUCAAGGAUCUUGGCAGAUGCUAUGAUCAAUUGAUCAGGGAGUUCAUUGUAAACAUCCCUGUUGACUGCAAUGAUGUUGAUAAUCCGGGCUUUCAGAAGGUUUUUGUGAGACGUGCAUUAAUUUCUCUCCUGCUGUGGUCAAUGAGUUUCUUAUGA